CCCCAUUUAUGAUCCUUUGCUAUUGAAACUACUAUUGCUGGCACAUGUAACGUAAUAUGUAACAUAUAAUUUGUUAUAAAAUUUUUAUUUUGCCACAUUUGGCUAUAUCAUUUAGAUGAAUUACAAAAUUCUUUCGUACAUCUUUAUUUAUCUCAAAAAUCUUUAUAAACAAUGUCAGAAAAUAUCUUUGAAGAGAAUAACUUAUUCAGAGAUUACAAAACCGACAACUUCGAUGACAGCGACUUGCAAUCCCGAUUAUACGCGGAAAUCUAUUAUGGAUCGAAUGUUGGGGAUGGUUCAGGAAGUCUGGAUUCUUCAAAAACGAUUCAGUUUGAUAGCAUUGCCGAGCUAACUUCUGAAAGUAUGCGGAGAAAAAAACCUGAAGACAAGCAGCUAUCAGAACCUGAAGCUGCUAGAGGUAUAUCUAAUAAUAAAAUUAAGAAAAUAUUGAAUGAACAUUGUAAUCAAAACGCUCAAUUGUCAAAUGUGACUUCCAUCAUAGAUUCAUUGAUGUAUGAUGAUACAUUAGAUACAGAGAAUUCACUUGAUCGUCCUCCAUUGGUUGAAGUUCAGACCAACGCAGAUAAAGUGUCAGAAGCGAUAAAUCUUGUAACAGAUAAAGAAGACGAUUCUAAUAGCAGUACAGAAAGUUCUUCGUCGAAAGAGGAAAAGAGAGAGUGGAAGAAAAUUUCUUCCCAGAAGAAUAAAUCUUCUAGCCAACAUAGAAGCACAAAGUUUCCAGGAAAAAGAAAGCAUCAAGGGAGUUCCUUAAAUACUGCUUUGUUGAAUGAAGCGAAACAUUCAAAGUACAAUGUCCUUUCAAAAUCUAUGAAACAAGAGAUGUCCUUAGUCAAACAAUUUACGAAAGAUAAAGAGUCUUCUGACAGCUCUGACUCUGAAGGAUCUAUUUGGGAAAUACCAGUUCCACCGAAGCCAAAACCACUACUUAUAAAUCUGCAGGAUUCCGAUGAGGAAAACAAUACAAAUUCAAAGAUAGAUAAUCGAAUUCCAGAAAAAAUUACUCCAAUCACGAGUCAAAUUACAGGGACAUCAAGCAGUCAUCAAGAUACAUCCCCUAAAAAUAAGAGUCCCGAUAAAUCUUUACAUAAUAAGAAUACAACAAAAUCCAAAAAUACAUGUGCACCAGAAAUCGGAGAAGAUAUCGUUUUACAUUGUACAAUAGUUCAGAAGGGUGCAAAAAGUAUACAAGAAAUAAAACAGUUGGCCAGAAGUGCGGAGUUGAAUAAAAAUCCAAAGCCAAAUACAUCAACCAGAGACACAAAUAAAAAUUCUACGCAGCAACUACCUCAAACUAAAUCUAAGGAAACUAACACAAAUUUUCAACAAGAGACAUUUGUAAAUCCAGUAUUUUCAGACACAAAACGGCAACAGACCAGAUACAACUUAAGGAACGAAAACAAAAACCUAACAGAUAAAGAGACGUCUUGCAGUAAUCGCGACACAACGACAGAGCGAAAGAGACAAUUCGACAAUAGAACCGAGGACCCUAAACAAAAACGACAAUGCGUCGUUCAACCAAACAACCAAACUCUUACGCAACAGAGCGACAACAGCGAACAGGACAAGAGACACGAGCACUUCCAAACGAUGUCGACCGCGCUGAGGCAGGUCCACUACGACUCGUCCCGCGGCCAGGAGAAUUUCAACGUUGACGAGCUGCAGCGGGGCAUGUCGCGGGAUCCGCGACUGUGGAGGAUCCUGGACGAGGACCUAAUGCCGUCCCCGUCCAUGAAGCAACGCAACCGAUUCUUCAACGUCAAGUGCAGCAUUUGCCACCGAGACGGUCACCAACACUACGACUGUCCGGUGUCGCGUAAAACGCCCUGCUGCUACAUAUGCGGCAAGCAGGGCCACGUAGUGUUCCGCUGCCCGCAGAAACUCUGCCUCACAUGCGGUAAGCAACAGAACACGUUUCGUAAGACUUGCGAGCACUGUCGUGUCCUGUACUGUACCAUGUGUCAUUCGGUAGGACACGAGCACACCCAGUGUCCGGAUCUCUGGCGACGGUACCAUCAGACCACCAGUCAGACCAGCCUGCCGCAGAAUCCGGGUGACGCGAUAAAGCCACCGGGCUCGUUGCACUGCUGCAAUUGCACCAAGCGCGGCCACGAGUCCUCCACGUGCAGGGAAUAUCGCUGGUCCCAGCACUACCAGACCCCCGCCGCGGUCACGAAUUACACGAACGGGCCUAUGUACCCGAUUAAUUUCGCCGAGGAUCUCUACGAAGAGGAAAUUAAAUCGUUCGACGCGACAUCUAGCUCGAAAAUUAUUCAGCAACCUGUGAAGGAGUAUUAUGAAGGAACCAAUGAGACGCCGAUGGAGGAAACUCUGUCCAAUUUAGAAGUAAAAGGAGACUCGGAAGCUUCUUCUACGGCAAAUAAGUUGCCUCAGUUUGAGGAGGAACAGAAGAUGCUCAUACCGAACGAGAUUAAUUUCGACAAGGUGAUAUAUACCUUUGGUAAAUUUCAUAACAAAAAUCACAAGAACGGGUGGAUAAUCACGAGAGACUUUGCAUUAAUGAAGAAGGAUUUGUCAGCCGAUGGAAAGAAAGCUGUGGCAUACACUUUACCAAACUCCAGAAUUGAGCCCAGAUUUCUUAAGACGCUGAGUAAGAAGGCGAUAGAAUUCGAAGUGAAAAUAGGCACUAUAAAUAGGCCGAAAAAGAAAAAUUCAGCCAUAGUGAUACAGGUGAUUGCGAUUAAGGACUAUGCAGAGCUGAUCUACAACUUGCUGCUCCACUGGAUCAAUCUGCCAGACAACGAGAAGUAUAAUGGGAUAGACGUGACCCUGCCCAUGAGUCCUACAAAGAUGUUUAACUGUCUGAAUUCGAGGCUACCACAGUUGACAAAAAUGAGCUUUACAAAUUACACUGAACAUAUAAGAAGCAACCAGCAAAAUGACCCACAAUGGCUCUACAAUACAGUAAAAGACUUGAAAAUCAAAUUGGUACAGGUCCGGUACAAUGUCGGACUGUGCAAAAGCUCUUAUAUAAGCUUGCGUAAGACGUUGUGGCGUAUACAACUCAGGCUCCUUAUGAUUGUCAAUACUGAGCCUGUACCGAAUGCUGACGUGAUCGAGUUUCAAGAGGAGAUGAAGCGACUCGAUGUUAAGAGAUGGGAUCACAAGAUUACGAGACUCGACAAUGCCUCUUAUCUGAAGUUCACUCUGCUUUACAAUCGUUUAUUUGUACCUCACACACCUAUUGGGUUGUUCCAAACGCUGAAUCGCUUUAAGGCACACGCUGAAGGGCUGUCGAAGAAUUUGCCACAGACCCAGGUAAUAGAACAGAAGAAUAAAAUGGAUGAACCAGAAAGUCUCCCUGUGAUGAAUAUUCAGCAGGAUACAAGUGAGGUAUUAAUUGAUAAUGUCGGUGAUACCGUAAAUUGCAAUGAGAAUGAGGUAAUACUGAUACAAGAUUCUGUUGUGCCGUCAAAUAUUGAGGCGUUGAAUUAUAUUGAACCGGUAUCGAUUUUAAUAGAAAACGAAAACGCAAAUCAACUGUCAACAAGCAAUGACAUCAAUUAUUCAUUCAUGAACGAACCGAAUUUAAAUACGGUGGAUACGAGAUUUCUUGUGGAAAAGGAGAAGGAAGAACUGCGAAAAUUAAAACCUCAAGAUUUAUAUAUGUCAUCUCUCAGGACGAUAGAUAUGAGUAAUCUUUCGAAAAAACAGAAAAAAAAAGUUAGGCGACAAUUAAAAAUUGAAGAUUUGCAGAAUACAGCGAUACCAAAGCUUGCAAAAAAGCUUGCAAAAGCGCAAAGGAAAUCUGAUGUUAAUUAUUUAUAUCACAAUGCGUUAAGUCUCAUAGGUCAGGUUCGUAGGCUUAAUCUACCCCAUUUAACGAGAGCAGCAAAUGAACUGCAAAAGAAAAUUAACGACAAAACAAUUCAGAAAAAACAUGUCGAUGACAUAAAAAAAUGAUUCGUUCUGGGAAGAAAUAUGAAAAGAACAUUAAUACAUUUUGGAAAAACAUGUAGACAUAAUAGUUAUAAAAAAUGUCAAUACAUUCUGAUUCAUGGAUAUUGCAAUAUUGAGUAAGUAAAAUUAUUUGUGACUGGCAUAAGAUGAUUAUGGGUAAAUUUUAAUGUCAAUUUUAAUGAUUUAAAUGUGGAUAAAAGAAAAUUGUUUAUGCAUAAACGAUGCCAAAUGACCACGUUUUUGUGAGAAAGGAAAGGUAUAUAAUAUAUAACUGUAAAAAUAUCUUA